AUGAGCUUGGCCUCAUUGACGCCAUCGCUGCACAACUCACAGCAGAAGAUCAAGCAAAUCACAGGGUUGGACGUCGGUUCGAGCAGCUCGAGUGAGAGCCAGCCAGAUGAGCUGCGGUACCCCUUCCAGGACGAGGUGUCCCCCGUGUCGCCGACUUGGAGCACAUACUCCAGGGAGGGUCUAGAAGCGACAAUCAGCGAGCCGGACUCGGAUGCCUCUGAUUACACCUUGCACAGCGAUCCCAACGGGGUGACGACACAGCUUACCGCGCGGCCCUCUUUCAGUGCCUCGUCGAGCAGACCAAUCUCCGCGGCGCCCGUCUCCCCAACCACGAGAUUCCGGCUGAACAGCUUCGCUUUCCGGGAGCCAGACAAGUCCAGCCAGGGGUCGUCACUGACAGACUUCAAAGCCCAUUACCGCCAAAACAGUAACACAGGCUCCUGGGAUUCGUCCAGGAAGAGCUCGGCCACUGUCGUCCCGCACUACACCAGUGGUAGCGAUACAUUCAAGUCCAGUCCGCGCGCCUCGGAAUCCACGACCAGUAUUGUAGAUACAGGCCCACCGUCCCCCUCAUUCAAGCAGCGCAGCCUCGUAUGGGAUACCAGCCCCACCGAGCACCUUACGUCCAGUGGGCAGGACGACCCCUCACCAACCUCGUCCCCACCGCCUUCCUCCUCGUCGACCUCGGUCAACCACAAGCCGGGGAGUUUCUCGGAUCGCCGCGCGUCCAGCAGGGGCCGCGUGCCAACGCCGCUGGAGCCGACCGGGGAGCAGCCCCUUAAACCCGGGAGGUUCGCACAACCCCAGCGGACGCCGUACCCGCCGCCGCCCCCGCCGCCGAGUGCGUCGACGACGAGGAGCGCCUUCGACACCGACUCGGACGACGGCAAGCGCACCUCGUUCCUGGCCAAGGUGUUUGGCGGCAACAACGGCGGUGGGGGCAGCGGGAACGGCAGCAAGCGGCAGUCGCGCGGGCCCACGCCGUCGUCGUCGCCCUCCCCCUUCGGCGAGCAGGGCUUCCUGCCUGGCGGCCCCAAGGCCACGCCCCCUCCGCCCCUGCCCCCGCCGCCGGUCCCGGAGUUCCCACGCUGGUCCCAGGGCCCGGACGCGCUGCGGUCACCGACAGAGACAUCUGAUUCCGCGGGUGUGGGGGCGGGCAGGCCGCCGUCGGCCGGCACGGGGCUGUUCCAGCGGGCGAGGCAGAGCGUGGGAUUUAGGAGUAAAUCUCAUAAGCGGAGAGAUACGCUGAAAGGGAAGAUCAGGGUUGUUGAGACGUAG